AUGGAAUAUUAUACAGAUAUAUCAAAUGAACUAAAAAAUAAAUAUAAUUAGCAUUAUAAUCUAUAUCAGGUAUUACAAUAAUUGUAUAGUAAUUAGAAACAAUAAUUGGAGCGUAAAAUACUUUGUUAUAAAAAUAACAAUCAGGAUCCAUUAAAAUAUCAAUAAUGCAUUGAUGAUAUCAAUACGAGGAUGAAUAUGAAUUCCACAACACUUAGGAAUAGAUACAAUCAAAUUGAAAUAGAUGAUAAAGAUUGUCAAGGUAAAUGCUAUGAAGAUCCAAAAUGUAUGAAAGGAUGCGAAGAUUAAUCAAGAAAAAAAGCAAAUUAAUUAUAAGAAUAAUUUUAUAAACUUAUGCUAUAAGAAAAUCCAGAAUACAAAAAAUUGUAAUGA